AUGAGAUAUUAUUCCAAGCUAAAGGAUAAUUAUCAGCGUCUUGAUGAUAGUUUCAACAAGGCUCCUACUCAUGUUAUAGAUGCCAAUCUUUUUAUAACAUCUUUGGAUGUCUAUGGACUCAAAAAUAAUUAGUCUAAACAUGGUUCUUUUACUAUUAUCUUUAGUGUUUGGAAUUCACUACUAGGAGCAUCUUUAGUUACUAUACCUUGGGCAUUUUCGAAUGCAGGAUUAGUUCUAGGAUCCUUGAUAAUCAUGCUAAGCUUUGCAAUAAGCUAUUACACUUGCUGGUUGAUAUUGAAACUAGCUAAAGAUGAAGAAUAAGAUUUUACAGAAACUCUUUAAAGAUAUUUUGGGAAAUUCGGGUCUUAUCUAGGCAUCCUCUCAGCUAUAUUUGCCUUAAUGAUUCCUCUAAUGUUUUUCUUCUAAAUCAUCUGCCAAACUCUUUUCCCUUCGAUAAUUGCAAUGACUUCAACGUUAUAAAAUCCAACUAUAGAUCUCUACCCAGAUUUUAGCAAAUUCUCAUAUUCCUAUACAUGCUUAGCCAUUUUUGCACUUCUAUUUAUUGUGAGUCUAAAGAAAGAUCUCAAAAUAUUCAUCAAAAUUAACAGCUUUGGAGUCAUCUUCACUAUCAUAAUUAUUUUGUUUUUAAUCGGAGUGGGGGUAUCUGCUCUUUAAGAUACAAAUUUUGAAGUAGUUGAGACAUAUGAUAAUUCUUAAUAAAAUGAUAUAGAAUCUGAGAGUUACACAUUGCAACUUUACUCUUUAUAAUUUGCUCCUUUGAUGGGAAUAAUGAAUGGAGGGUUUUAUUUCCAUAAUCUUGCUAUCCCAAUACUGAAGAACUCAUCAAAAAAAGAAAAUAAUGCAAGAGAUGUUUUCUUUGGCUAUUUCUUAGCCUUACUAUCCUAUCUUGCCUGCGGAUUACUUGGAUAUAUUGGAUUUUCAGGAAAGUAAUUUAAUCAUUAGCCUAUAGAACAAAACUGUCUUAACAUGUUUACCCCUAACAAUCCAAUGGCAUUUAUAAUUAGGGGAUGCGUCGCGUUUUUAUUGAUUACAUUGUUUCCCUUAUUGUUAACUAUUUAGAAGCAAUAGUUCUGGAUCCUAUAUCAAAAAUUUAAAAGUAGGAGAAGGUACGAUUACAAGAGAUAUUAAAAGCAAAUAACCCAAAGAUUUUCUAUAAUAUCUUGUAUUUUCACACUUAUAUUUAUCACAAUAAUUGCAAUAUACUACCCAAAGGCUGGAUCCUUGGCUUCAAUCCUCGCUUCAAUAUUCUGUUACUUCUUUGUAUACCUAAUACCGGCUAGCUUGCACAUAAGAUAGCUCUAUCUAGAUCAUUACGGUUCUAAAUAACCUGACCUAAAUACAAUUAAUUAGAAUGAAAGUAUUUACUCAACAUGCUUGCUAGAUAAGAGCAUUAACGGAUAAAGAGAUGAUCAUAAUUAGUAUAGUGCUUAAAAGUCUUAAGCGAAUAGAAACACACUUGAUAGAUAGUAUAUUUCAGUAUCCCCAGCAGAUUUGAGCUUUAACAUUCAAAAGCCUACAUAAUCUUUCCCAAAGACAAGUAUCCUGCUUAUUGCCUUAGAUGUACUAAUUAUGCUAUACGGGCUAGGUGUUUUAGCUCUUUAGUAUGUUAAACUUUAGUGA